AUGUUCUGCCGCUCCCGUGCACUCUGUUCACUGGGCUCCUCACAGGCGUUAUUGCAAUUACCAAAAGAUAUAAAUGACUGGACACACCUGCGGCCCGUUAUUGAGAGUAUGACAGAUGGUGUCUGUACAGACAGAACAGUACUCGAUACUUCUGUAAUUCCAACAAGACAUCUGCAGCGCAGUCUUUUUCGUUUACCAAUUCCAAAACUUGCUAGCACUUGUUCACGAUACUUGGAUGCCGUUAAACCACUGGUACCACCAAGACAAUAUGAUGAAACUAAAAAAAUUGUAAAAUCAUUUGAAACUUGUGAAGGUGCUCAACUUCAUGAUGAGUUGGUGCGUACAGAUAAGGCAAAUAAACAUACAUCAUAUAUUUCAGCGGAUUGGUUUGAUUUAUAUUUAUCAGACCGGAGACCAUUACCAAUAAAUUAUAAUCCAUGCCUUGUCGUUCGACGAGAUAAUGAUAAAACGGAUAUGCUUACUCGUGCAACCUUUUGGAUUACCAGUAGUGUAGCCUUUUACCGAAUGUAUCUAGAAAAUACACUUAAACCAGAGGUUUUUUAUUUUGGUUCUAAAAAUCAUUACUGUCGAACAGACUGGUUUCAAAGGACAGUAGCUUUAUCUCCUGAAUAUGUUUCCGCAAAGGUAAUGACGAUUGGUUCUAAUUUUCAUGCUUUCCCUCUUGAUAUGUCACAAUAUGAUAAUUUAAUGAAUUCUACCCGAAUCCCUGGAUCACUAAAAGAUGAGGUAAAAUCAUUUGGAUUUAUUCCACAUAUAAUUGUACAACACAGAGGUCAUCAGUAUGUUGUAACUGUUGCAGAUAGUGAGUGUAAACCAUUACCUGAGGAACAAAUAUAUGCAAGAUUAAAGGCUAUUAUUGAUAUGAAUGUGGCACCUGCCAAAACAGAUGUUGGUGUACUUACCAGUAUGAACAGAACAUCAUGGAAUGCAUCACGUUUAAUGAUGAUGCGUAAUCAUGAAAAUAAAGAAAAUUUUGAACUAAUAGACUCUGCUAUGUUUGUAUUAAAUCUAGAUGAUGAUAUUGAAGUAGAUUACUUAACAUCAAAAGGUAAUAUUUCAGCAACUCGUACAAUGCUCGUAAAGGAUACAAACCGUUGGUGGGAUAAGAGUCUAUCUGUUAUAAUCACGAAAGAUGGAUCUCUUGGAGUAAAUUUUGAACAUAGCUGGGGUGAUGGUGUGGCAGUUCUUCGUUACACACAAGAUGUCUUUAACCAUUCUAUUAUGCGAAGUAGUAAAGGAAUGAAACGUGAUGCGGUUUCAACAGAAGUUGUUCGACAAAUUAAAUGGUAUCUAACACCAGAAGUUGAACAGGAAGCAUCUAAAGCAAAAGCACGAAUUACUUCAGAAAUUCGUCGUAUGGAUUUUUAUACCUGUAUUUUAUCUGAAAUUGGAAAAGAUAGUGUUUUAUUUAAAGAAAGGGGUAUUAAGACAGAUCCUUUUUUUCAAGUUGCGAUGCAGCUAGCUUGGUGGCGUAUGUAUAAAAGUACGGUAAGUACAUAUGAAAGUGCAAGUACUUCUGCUUUUCUUCGUGGUCGUACAGAGUGUGUUCGCUCUGCAACUUUAGAAAGUCAAGCUUUCACUAUGUUAAUGGAUGCACCUAAUGCCACGACGAGGGAAAAGGUGGUAGCACUUAAAAGAGCUUUGAAAAAACAUAACAGUCUUUCUAAAAAUGCAAAAAUGGGUGAAGGUAUAGAUCGUCACUUAUUUGCUCUUUUAAAGGUAGCGCAACGUCGUAAUCCACAGCAUGUACCAAUGCUUUUUAAAGAUCCAUCGUAUACAACACUUUCAAGUAAUAUGUUAAGUACAUCUUCACUCUAUUCAGAUGCUCUUAUUGGUGGUGGUUUCGGACCUGUGAGUCCUGGAUAUGGGAUUGGAUAUGCGGCUGCAGAUAAUUGUGUGAUGUUUAAUAUCUCAUGCUGGAAGGAAGGUGGACCACAGGGGUCGGCACAAGAUUUUGCCCAGGGUAUUUACUCCGCUGUAGUGGAUAUGUAUAAUAUCCUCUUGACAACCAGCAAAAAUUCGUGA